AUGGCUAAAACCGACAAGAAAGCUAGCGACGAUCUGGCCAUUCUAAAAUCGACCGUCGAGACCAUCAAAAGUUUGAUUCAACAGCUGCAACCCUCUGCCAAAGCGCCGGAAGAUGUCAAGGAGGGGUCGUCGUCCGAAGAGCAACCCAAGCUUGCGGAUGUCAAUGCCAUCGACCUUGCUCAUGAUUCUGCAAGUCUCAUUAAAGCACACUCGACGAAGCUGUCUCUCUUGAUCAUCAAUAAGCCUUUUACGGCCUCAGCAAUCAACAAAGUAUUGCGAGAACUUGUGGCUGGACCCCUACCGGGCUUGGCGUCUGCCGUCGAAAUCUGUAAUGCUACCAAAUAUACGAGGGCUAUGAGUGAAGAGUUACAAUGGAGAGUGAAGAAGGUCUUGACGGAGCUACAUACGCUCGUUGACGCAGUUCCUCUGGAUGGGAAAGUUUUGAGCGAUGACAAGAAGAAUGGUACCGGGAAAUCGAAUGGGAAGGGUAGUUUGGCUUCAACAGGUGUUGUAUGGGAUGCCUGUGAUUCUGUCAUGGGUUUGAAGACUUUAGGUGUAGCAGGAUUGGCUAUCAAGAAAGCAGAGGAAUAUCGAGAUUUGGUUAAGGAUGCGCUCGAAGAAUUGCAAGCAUGGGCGGAGGAGGAAUCAGAUGACGAAGAAGACGAAGAAGACGAUGAUGAGAGCAGUGGUGAUGAAGAUGACGAGAAGAAAGAUCCUCAAGAUGUUGUGGAUGAUCUGUUUGGAUCGCAGCCACAUAUACCUAAGGACGACCCGGAAAAGAUCCGCGAAAAGCUCGAAUCAUCGACGAAAAGACUGAGACUCGUAGUUUUGAUGUAUCAAGCGGUCGUGAAGAGAAGGUUCAAGACACUCCCCUAUCUACCUCAUCCUAUGUUACCUGCACAGUUGAAGGAGAAAUCUUCAGAAGAUCCAGGUAUUGUCGAGUGCUUGGAUGAGGUACUUGUACGGAUGAAGAAAAUUACCGAUCUCACGGAUGAUCUAGCAAGUGCCUUCUAUGAGCUCGAUAGCGCUGCAAUUGAUAAACUCAUGGAUGAGACUUGGUUUACGGGUUUUGCUACGAUUGAGUUGCUAAUCAAGAAUUGGGAGGGGCAGAAGGAUGACUUUACUACUUGGGCCUAUAAAUUCCAACUUGCUAUGAGAAAAGGCUGGUGA